AUGAGCCUCUACAGCACAUCAGUGUGCUCAUGGGUCCAGCCGUUCUUUGUUGAGAUGUCUGCCAAGAGCAAAUCUCUAAUAUUGCUAUCUUCCGCCAUCCAAGCCUAUCUUGAUGAAGGUAGCUCGGACAUGUCUGUCUCCUCAAUGGAGUACGUUGACACUGCUCUGAAGGAGUUUCGGCGCGAAAUCGUGGCCCAUUACGAUGUUAUGCCGGCUGCCACGGCGUGCUCUGGCGUACUGCUGUGUGUUCUUCAAUUCCUUCAAGCCCAACCGUGUACACCCGUCAUUGGACUACUCGCCGAAACCUUCCAUCUGAAUGCUCCUAUAUCAUAUCUCAAUCCCAAUCCCGAGCAUGACCUCUCAGUACGGCAUGCCUUGGAAUUCAUCGGUCUCAUGGACAUGCCCUGUCUCGUACUAGGAAGAAAGUGUCCCUCUCUCGGUAUUUGGAGACGCUUUCGACAAGUUCAAGACUCCUGGAAAGGGGGAAGAGUCAAGGCCUUGGAAGUCAUCACUGGUGUGCCGCAUUCGCUGCUGGAUAUCUUCGCCGACACCCCGUUCGAGACGGCGGAGGUCUCCAUAAGUCGGUUUUGGGGAUGGCCAGGUGAAAUGGGCGAGUACGUUCAGUGCUUGUUGUGGGAUUGUUGGCGGUUUGCCGGCAUGCUUCACAUCCGCAGACGCGAGCAGCGUAUUAUAAACGCGACACAGAAAGACGGCCAAUUCGUUGGCGACGAUCAGCAGGACGCACUGCCAAGUUCAGAAAUUGUUCUAUACCGUCUAGUAUCAGGACUUCAUCUCUUUUGUGUGGCGUGUCAGCUGCCCGAGAAUCAGCAUCUGUUGUGCCGCAAUGGCAUCGUCUUCCCUCUGAUAACGGCAUGUCUCGAAACUCGACUCCUUAAGCGGCAUCCUGACUGGAAACAAACUGUAGAUGACGUGCUGUCGGCUGCUAAGAAGAGGUAUCUCUUUCAGUUGGCACGAUCUACAUGGGAGCUGCUCGAUGAAGCUUGGAAGGAUGGUACAAUGGAAUUUGACCUAGAUAAAGCAGCAUCACGCAGAGGCCAGGAGGUUUCAUUAUUGUAG